AUGAAUGGGCUUGCUGUUAGUGAAGACGGAAAGUGCGGUGGCGCCACUGGUCAGACAUGCUUGAACUCAUACCUCGGCGAUUGUUGUUCAAAAACUGGGGUUUGUGGUGAAGGCUUCUUCUUCUGUGGUAUAGGUUGUCAGAAGCAGUUCGGUGCUUGCAUCCCUACCUACAAGGGCAAGCUCGUCAGCCAGAAUGGUAUGUGCGCCUCUCUCACCACCAGCUACAACCUUACGUCAAGCAUUACCUCGACCAUCCUCACACGCUCGUCUAACUCCACUAUCAGCGCACCUUUGACAACAGCGCCUAUCGUCACUGGUCCUUCAACUAACAUAUCUACUUCGACUGGAAGGUAUCCGAACACUACAUCUACCUGGGAUUUCAACAACUGGGGUGGCAUCUCAUCUGGUCAUCCUGUUGCCACGAACACCACUGCCUGCUCAAGGAAGCCAACUUCUACCGCUACGUGUGUUCGCUGCGAGGGACAGCCUGGAACUGACAAGUACUGCGGUCUUACAAUCAACGAUGAUUCUUAUGCUGUCGUACCCAAGACUUGCAACACUGUUGAGUUUAGCAUCGAUUUGACUGAGUGCGAGGUUGCACCUGAUGGCGUUAGUCGCAAAGCACUCUGUGUCAACGGACAAUUUCCUGGUCCACUUCUGGAAGCCUCAUGGGGCGAUGAAGUCGUUUUCCAUGUCACCAACUCUAUGACUCGCAAUGGCACCAGCAUCCAUUUCCAUGGAAUUCGACAGAACUACACAAACGAGAUGGAUGGUGUUGUUGGCAUAACUCAGUGCGCUCUUCCUCCUGGUCAGAGCAUGACCUACAGGUGGAUUGCAGAGAGCUAUGGUUUCUCCUGGUAUCACAGUCACUUAACUCUCCAGGCUUACGAGGGGCUCUUCGGUCCCAUGUACAUUCAUGGCCCCAAGUCAGCUGAUUAUGAUGUGGAUGCUGGUCACCUUAUCGUCGGCGAUUGGUCUCACAUUCCUGUUGAUGACAUGUACAACGACGCACAAGUUGCUGGUGUCAGAACCAUGGACACUGGCUUGAUCAAUGCUAUGAACAUCAAUCCCCUUGCCAAGACUGGCGAACCUACAGGUCAGCGAUACACUGUCCCAACCCAGUUCGUGCCUGGCAAGAAAUAUCUUUUCCAGCUCCUCAACAGUGCAAUCCAGUCAACUUAUAAGUUCUACAUCGACGGGCACAAAUUCACAGUCAUUGCUGCUGACUUUGUCCCAAUCGUGCCGUACGAGACCACGGUCUUGUCCAUAAACAUUGGUCAGCGUUACGAGAUCAUCGUCGAGGCCGACCAGCCAGUAGGCGACUACUUCUUGAGAUUCGACAACCAGAACGCAUGUGCUACUACCACCAACUCUGACGAUAUUCGAGGUAUCAUCCAUUACGAAGGCAGCGCUGGCGUCACUCCCAACUCGACUGCUCAUACAUACCCUCGCAAAGACAACGGUGCCGGCGGUAUCCUUGGUACUUGCGAAGACGAGCCUCUUGCCAGCUUGGUUCCCGUGCUCAAGAAAUCUGUCAGCUCCCCUCACCAGACUGUUCAACACGAUGUUGCUGUUUCCAACUCCAACGGCAUCAACCUCUAUCGUUGGUACCUCGAUGGAACAACCUUCCAAGCCAACUGGGGUGAUGCUACCCUCUACAGCAUUAUCAACAACGAUACCAUUCCUACCUACUCAGGCGAUCUCGCUAUCUCUACUUCUCUUGGAGAAUGGGUCUACGUGAUCAUUGAGUCUGCCGUGCCACUCGGCCAUCCGAUUCACUUGCACGGGCACGACAUUUACAUUCUCGGCUCGGGAUAUGGAAACUAUGGUAGCGGAACCACUCUCAACCUCGACAAUCCUCCUCGCCGUGAUGUGGCCUUUAUGCCCGGUGAUGGCCCUACAGGGCAAGGCGGUCAUCUUGUCGUUGCUUUCUUCACCGAUAAUCCUGGUGUCUGGCUUAUGCAUUGUCAUAUCGGUUGGCAUGUGGCUAUGGGCUUUGCUCUGCAGUUCAUUGAAGGCCAAGAGCUGAUCAAGGAUACUGUCACUGAUACUUGCUUCUUGAACGAUGUCUGUGAUAGCUGGCGUCCAUGGGCUAAGGAGAAGGGGAUUUAUGUUGAUGAUUCUGGCGUGUAG